AUACUAUAAAUUUCAAAACCAUGGAGUCAAAUUUGGAGAACGUUUCCUCUCAUACUGUUGAAGAAGGCGAAAAUGCAUCUAUGGACAGUAAUGAAGAUGAACCAGCAUCUAAGAAACUUUGUUUAAAACAAAGUUAUGUCAGUCAAAGUGACGAUGGAGAAUGUUCUUUGGCCGACACAUCAACGAUGAAACUAGAAAAACGUUUAUCCACCGUGUUGUGUUGUACUGUAUGCCUAGACCUGCCUUUCAGCACCAUUUUUCAGUGUCCAAACGGUCAUCUCAUGUGUGCAGGCUGUUUAAACCACCUUUUGGCAGAUGGUAGAUUAAAGAAUGAAAUGCCAACAUGUCCAAACUGUCGCAUAGAGAUCACAGAGUCAUUGUGUAUGCGAAACUUGGCUGUAGAGAAGGCCGUGUCGGAGCUUCCAACUAAAUGCAAGUUUUGUCAUUGUGAUAUACCUCGCUGUAGUAUUACAAAACAUGAGAAGCACUUGUGCUUUGAGAGGUUAGUUAUGUGCAAGUAUGAGAAAAUUGGUUGUCACUGGCAGGGGACAUUACGGACCCGGGCAGAUCACGAAGAAAGAUGUGCCCAAGCAAGAAAAACUGGUUUGGAGAUAAUGGAAGAUCUGGAAAAAUCUUCCACUGAGGAGGAGACAAAACUGAACUUAUAUCAGUCGGUAUUUGCAUUGUUUUCAUACGGCAGAACAUCGAUACACGAUUUACAGCUCAGACCAAGAAGGACAGAUGACUUCAUUCCAGAACUAUUCUAUGAAAGCAAUCGAUUCACAUCAUUUUCCAAGGAUUGGAUUGUCAGAUCUCAAGUUGUUGGCAAUGAGAAGAGCCUAAGACGAGGAUUCACUUUUCAGUUGAUUUUGACAACAAAAUGCAGCAUUUUCAUCAAGUUUAUAUUUGUACGAAGUCCUUACGGAGAUCUGGAUACAAGUCCGAUGAUCUUUCAACAUGAAUUUACGCAUGACAGUCAAGAAUCACUGGAACAAAACUUGCCUGUUUCACAUGAUAUUGAUAUAAAUAAGUUGCUCGCUGCAAGAGUCUUGCCUCUCAGGUUGAUUAUGUUCUUGGGCAAAACAUAGUCUCAAGGGUGUAAGAUGUACAAAGAUGUAAAAAUUAUCAUAAGUUAUUUUAUUAUAAAGGAGAUGUGAUCAAUACAUAUUUAUUACUUUAUAAUAUU